AUGGUAUAAUACGUUAAAUUUUUAAUGGUAUAAGUCUAUGGUUAAAGUGAUUGAUUUUCUAGUGUUUUAAGUUUCAUAAUGAAUACUCCUAAAGAAGAUGAUAUAUCGGAUGAGGAUAUUCCAAGCGACUUUUUUGAUGAUUUUAAUAAAGAAGAAUUUAUGGAAGGUCUCAGUGUUAUAGACAGUUGGGAUGUAAAAGAAAAUCCGCAAUCACGAAGUUCGAGAUCACGAAUUAACGCCGCCGCUAUUGAUGGCGUAAGCGACCUCCGAGAACUGAUCGGCGACAGCAGAGAAGACAGACACGCCAAUGACGACGAUGUUAUUCGGGAUCAAAACAAGAUAGGCGAACCGCGCGAGACGUCUAACCAAAGGUAUUCUAGUAAUAGUGGCCAUUAUCAUCAUUCUAGCCAACUAGACAACUAUAUAAAGCCUGGAAGUCGUCGAGACCUCCGUAAAACUAACGAAGCUAUAAGGAAAGAUAAAGCAGUGAAAGUCAAAGAAUAUUUAAGCAAACAUCUGGACUCAAUUGAGGACCUUAAACCCCCUGGAACUGAACUUGAUGACUUUCUUAAUGAACCUUCUGCACCUUCAAAACGAAAACCGCGAUCGCGAAGUCGUGAAAAACAUUCUCGACAUACAAGCCCCAGAGAUCCCAAGUUUUUGAAGUCUCCCAAAAGAGAAUAUCAUUUUAAGGAUAAACGAAUUUAUUACAAUAGUAGACAUUAUGAAAAUCAUCGUGGACAUCCAUAUUUUAAACCCUAUCACAAAUUUCGUCAGCAAAGCCCAAAUUGGAAAAAACACUAUAAUUACAACUAUCCAAGGCAAAAUGUUAGAGGUGGACAUAGCCCAGGACCUCGCAAUAAUUUUAGACUUAGUCCUCCUUCAUUUGGAGCCCGGGGAAGAAGUCCCCGGCGACGCAGCCCACGAUUACGCAGCCCCCGAGGACGCAGCUCACGAGGACGUAGCUCAAAAGGACGUAGCCCACAUCGAUACAGUCCGCGAAGGCAGAGCCCUCGUAGGCGCAGCAGAAGUCGAUCACCAAGAUCUUCAAAUUAUAAAUACAGCGAUAAAAGAUUGUCCAUGGAACAGAAAGAUUCAUUUUUGUAUCCAGUUGAGAUGUCACAAAUACCAGUGCCAGUUUUAAAUACUGACGGGGAAACUAGCCACGGAGAGUUCUAUGGGCAUCAUCAUUUAAGUGAAUAUCCUGCAGGAACACCGGGGUAUUCUUAUAUGCAAAGUUCUUUUCCUAAUGCAGGUUUUGAUUAUGGAACACCAACAGAUUCUAUGAACAUUGGAAUGUCACAGCCUACUCCAGCACUGAUCAUGACUGCAACACCAUCAAUGGUUCCUCCUCCCGUUGCAAGCAGCCUGGCUACACUACAAGUGCCUUCUGGUAGUGUGCGAACUUCAAGUGAAAAACCUUAUGAUGCAUUGGCUAAAUUGGUUGUCGAAGGCAAGCUUUCUAAAGAAGACUAUCUAAAGUUGGCUCCAAAUAAAGGUACAUUUAUGGAGAAGGCUACAGCUACACAAGUCAGAGUAAAGGUGUUAGACCGCUGCCUCCAAGCUUUGACUAAGCUUAGUAAGUUAGAGUUGCCAAAUCGUUUAUUUCUAAACAAUGCCCUUCUUGAACAAGAACAUAAGAGCUUAACUCCCAAAUAUUGCUCUCCAUUGAAGAGGCAAGCACCUGUGGAUUUUUACUUCACAAAAACUGAUUGUGAAUCGGAGACAGUGCGGAAAAAUAGACAAAUUAUUGAUAACAUCAUUUCAACAAUAGGGUUAAGUGACAUUGUUUUACGCUCAAAAAAGAAUAACAACAAGAAUAUGGCUGAUGCGGCAGUUCAAACGACGACCCCGUUCUGCGAAGUGUGUUAUAUACGUGAAAAUACGAAGACCAACGAUGCCGAUACUAGCAUUGAUCGUGAAAGUUUUACAGCUACAGUACAUACUCAAGUUGUGGACGAAGAUUUGCUUAGUUCCAAAUCAGUGUUUAAUCCAAGUGGCGGUGCCGGGAACCAUGAACAUAUUUCAAUAGCGCAUCUUACUCCCGCUCAGCUGGUGUCUCAACUCGCGGCCCGUGCGAAGACUUUGAAGCAAUCCCAGCCGCAACGCUCUCAGUUCAACAGGCGAGUACCGGGUAACAGCUACGACUAUGGCGGAGGUGGCAGUAAAGAUGACAGCUUUUACAACAAAUUUUCUAAUCAAUGAAGUUUAAUUCUACAAUAGUAUUGUAAACAUGAAUUUACACUGCCUAAAUACAUGCACUAAAACAUCAUCCGUCAUCCUUGUUAUGCUCUUUGAAAAAGCUGAGAUAACUAUGUUUUUGUGCAGGUGUUUCUGCAAUGGAAACUCAUGGUCAAAAUGUUCUACAUAAUGUGAUGAUGUAAGCCUUAACAACGUCCAAGUAUGGAUCUGGUACUUACGUUUUUUCAUAAUGGAAAUUAUCGAACUUUCUCUUUAUAAAAUUAAUUUGUUUUUACAAUCUACAGAUUUUUCCACAUUUUUUUUUUAAUUUACACAACUGUGCUGCAGUAUUUGAGUGUAUGAAAAUGUGUUAUAAAAGAAGAAUAUGAUGUACAAGUAUCGGUUUUAAUUUUUACGUGAAUAAUGAAUGCAAGAAGAGCCAGUACAAGUUGCUGAUGACGUCAUCUGAAGCGCCACAACAGGGUGUAACAUCAAGAUGGACGUGCUAUGCUUCUAUCACAGGAAGACGUUUUUAUUUCAAGGAUUUCAUAUAAAGUAAUAAACCUUUUUGAAGCAUUUAUUAGUAGUCAUUGAAGUACUAAAAUGCUUUGAAAAGAUACAAACUCAAAU